AUGCACGUCUUUCUUGCCUUUCUCUAUGUCUCUCUUGCGGCAGCUCCUGGAUGCUGGAGUCUUCCAACGAGGGAAGAAUCCAUCAAAAAUACUAGACACAGCAUCAUAAACAUAGCACAGAUAACCCUGGUGCACAUCAAGAAGCUAAAGACAACGCUGCCGGUGGCUCAACAGACAGAACCCGGAACUCCUCCCAUUGAAGGACUAACCGGUAUCAGCCGUGACCUUGGACUUUUGGAUAAUGAGCUGCAGAACCCUUUCACAGAACUGCUCAGCCAGAUCCAGGCUGAUGUCUCCAGCUUGGAGGGAAUGGUUCGAUUCCUGGCCGGGACCAUGGACUGUCCCAUCCAGCCCAAACCCCGAGCAGAGACCGGGGACAACGUCUUCCCCGACAGCCACCAUCACCUGACGGUGGCGAAGCUGCAGAGCUACCUGGAGAAGUUUAUUCUACACAAGGACAAACUCAAGGUCUGCUGA